UAAUUGACACACCCACGUAGCGGAUCUAACGAGACCCAAAAGCCUCCUCUUCCUUCAGCCCAUCUCAACUCCUCCGAUUUGGACACGUGCUGCUGCCGCUGCUGCCUGCCGCAUCCACACCGGCCAAUGGGUGGCGUUCCCAAUAUUACGUAAUUGACACACCCACGUAGCGGAUUUAAUGAGACCAAAAAGCCUCCUCUUCCCUCAGCCCAUCUCAACUCCGAUUUGGAUACGUGCUGCUGCUGCCGCCGCUGCUGCUGCUUCUGCUUCGUCAUCCUCUGCUCUGACAAUCAUUUAUUCGCAAUUCGCACUCAACAGCCACUCCCAAGAUGCUUUCGGGCCUACGCAGGGCGGCCGUGGAGACGGCGAGGAAGGCGCGGGUGGCUCCCCCGCGGCCCGCGCCAGUCGCGUCCGUACGCUUCCAGAGUUGGUCUCCGCGGCAGAUCAACCCGGACGCCAACUUCCACUCGGCGUCUUUCUCCGAGGAGGAUCACCCCCGCGUGCUUAUCACCGGUGGCUUGGGCCAGCUCGGCCUUGGCUUCGCAAAACUGCUCAGGCAACGAUUUGGAAAAAACAAUGUCAUCCUUUCUGACAUCCGGAAGCCACCAAAUGACGUGUUUGUUAACGGUCCUUUCAUCUACGCGGACAUCCUGGACUACAAGAACCUGCGCGAGAUCGUGGUCAACAACCGCAUCACGUGGCUCAUCCACUACAGCGCCCUGCUCAGCGCCAUCGGGGAGGCCAACGUGGUCCUCGCACGCAACGUGAACAUCACCGGGCUGCACAAUGUGCUGGACAUCGCGGCAGAGAAUGGACUCAAGCUGUUUGUGCCCAGCACCAUCGGGGCCUUCGGCCCGACGUCCCCACGUGAGCACACACCCGACCUGUGUGUGCAGCGCCCGCGGACCAUAUAUGGCGUGUCGAAGGUGCACGCGGAGCUCAUGGGAGAGUACUACCAUCACAAAUACGGACUGGACUUCCGCAGUCUGCGCUACCCAGGCAUCAUCUCGGCAGACACCCAGCCUGGAGGAGGCACUACUGACUACGCCGUGCAGAUCUUCCACGACGCCGUGAAGUCGGGCUCCUUCGAGUGCUUCCUGCAGCCCGAGACUCGGCUGCCCAUGAUGUACGUGGACGACUGCCUGCGAGCCACGCUCGAGUUCCUCGAGACGCCCGGCGACUCCCUGUCCAUGCGCACCUACAACAUCGGCGCCAUGAGCUUUUGCCCUGAGGAGCUGGUGGCUGAGGUGCGCAAACACGUGCCUCACCUGCACGUGGAGUACAAGCCCGACACCACGCGUCAGGCCAUCGCGGACAGCUGGCCCAUGAGCUUCGACGACAGUAACGCCCGGCAAGACUGGGGCUGGAAGCACGACGUGGACCUGCCCGAGUUGGUCUCCACGAUGAUGGCGAUGUUGGGCGGCGAGCAUCAGCGUGCAGUUGCCGAAGCCAACUAACCACCACCCCCGCAACUACUCCUCCACCCCUCCCAAGCACCUUGCAGACGGGAACCUCCGUCUUGUGUCCAGCAUUCCAAUUGUAACGUCUUUGUUUUUUAAAUGCGGUGUUGUCCCGUUGACCGUUUUCAUGUCGCACUCAUCUACCGCCCGAUGGAUAGGCCCAUUGGCAAUAAUAGUUCACAAUGGUAUCCUUUGUUUGAAACAGGAAAUUAAAUAUAGGCCCAUUGAGACUUGCAUCGUCUCUUUUCAAAGGGUAAUAAUGUAAUGUAGAAUGCAGCAGAAUAAAAAAAAAACACAACUCGAUAGAACAUUUUCCUUGGUAGCCUAUUGAUGAUGGUGACAAUGGUGUAACCGGGAAUAGCAACAUUUAAUACAUAUUGACAACAUUGUACACCUCAUCCACCACCUGGAAUUAAGAGCUGACACUCGUGUAUCCGGUGUUUGAACGUUCUUCCCAGGUUAGCACUGAUUUGUGGCACGGAAGACAUUGCUACACUGCACAGUCGGGUGCAGCAGAGUUAUCUGGAUCGAUAUGGUGGAUUUGUGGUAAGGAAAUUAUAUGAAUGUUAAAAGCUAAGAAUCCAUAGUAAUUCGGUUGUCGGAGAGGCCUUUGCUUGCAACAUUAUACUAUGCGGAAAGUUGAACACAUUGAGCCCAUUUCGUGCUUGAAUUGCGCUACGGAAUUUAUUUUGGUAAGAUGAACUUGUGCAAACGUGAUUUUCAUGAAAUGUAUAGCUGCCUUCAGGUGGCAGGCUUCAAGAAAGUUUGCACUACUCUGCAUUUGCCGCUAACGGUUGCGUUGUUGAUGACGGUUCAAUAAAUCGGUGGCCAUUGUUGUAACCUCAA